AUGGACCAUCCGGUUUCCUCUUCCUCUCAUGCCGAAGCUGUGCUUCGAUCUCUGCAUGGGAGUGUUCCCGAGAAAUAUCUCAACGCGUUGCGCGCUGCCAUCGGGCAAGAUGCACAGAUUUCACCAAACCACGAGCCCCAUAGUCGACUUGAGACCAUAGAGAAAAACCUCAACAAGGUCUUGACAAGACUUGAGACCCAGGGUAAUCCGAUACCCAGCAGACCUCGACCGCAUAUGAUCCGGUAUUCACUUUAUACUUCCAACGAUGUUGACUUGCUCAAAAAUCUCAAGAACAGUGGGAUUGUGGAGAAGUUUCGGAGAGCCGAAAGCCCGUUCAAUCAAAUCCGAGGUUGUAAAAUAUGGGAAGACAAGCUCGGUCUCUUCGUUAAUACCGCCGAAGCUGGGCAGGAGAUUCUUGAGAAGUCGUAUCGUAUUGGCAGGAUCCUCAGUCUCGAUCCAGAGUGUCGUACCUUUCAUGAUACGUACUGCGUUCGUGCGUUUGGGUUCGAAGAGGACAAAAACGACCCCGCGUUUAUGGCACUCCCUGUAAAGGAAUGGAAUAGUUCGAACGGUGUGACUAUUUCCAAAGCUCGUUGGACGUACAAGUUACUCAUUUUGGAGCUUGGAACACGAGGUGACGCCGAGAAGCUCUGCCGAGGACCUAUUUACCUAAGCGGACAUGUUGGUUGGGCUGAACCAUUCGAUAGACGCUCAACACCGAAGUUCUGCUUCCGGUGCGGCAAGCCUGGCCACUUACAAAACCGGUGCAAGAAUCGAACGUGCUGCAUGAUCUGUGCUGGAUUUGAUCACAAAGCUCCGGGAUGCAAAAAACCCCGAAAAUGCAUCAACUGCGGAAAUUCACAUGCUACGUUUGAUCCUGUAUGUCAAAACAAGGCUGUUCUCGAUAUGCGUGCGGACUGCGAGUACCACCGCGAGAAAGGACCUUCGUGGGCUCAGGGGAAGAAACAAGCAUGCGAAUUUCAACAAUCGUGUAACCAUCCUAGCCCGGCCAAACCGUCCAAGCCGGUACCGAAGAGUAAGAAGAGAGUUCGAAUCGAGAGUCCCACUAGGGAGGAGACUCUUCCGGUUUCAAGCGGAAUGACUAGGAGGCAACAUCCGAUUCCGGGUAGUUCGAACGAACGACCGAAUCCGCCUUCGGAAGCUAGAACUUUGUCCAUGCAACUGUCAACAUCCUCGCCUGUGGAUUCAGUGGCUGUCUCAGCGGAGACUCCUUCGGUUUCUCACCAAAUCCCAUCUUUUUCGUUCAACUCUUCGAUGAGAGGAAGUCUGAACUCUUCACAGUUUGGUCUGCAUACAAAUCCACCGGAGUCUCAGGCGGGUAGUUCUUCCACGUCGGAUGGAGCUGCCAUGUUCAAGUUCACACCUUGGGAUCCCAAAAUUAACGCAGGACCAAAGGGGACACGCAUACGUCGGCCUGCAGUAACCAAGAAAAGCAAGAACAACGAUCCAAUGCAGUUCAGCAUAGAUGCGUAUAAACUUUCUGGUGACGAAGCUGGUUGGGAUACCGAGGACUCGCGCUGAGAGAUGCCAUCUGUUUGCAACUCGAGUCAUUCUGGAAGCUUUCGG